ACUUUUAUAUUCGCGUCUAUAUUUGAAUUUACUUCAUUGUCUCCUAUCACACUUCUUUUCAUUCUUUCUUCUCUUUUUUGGCAUGUUCAGUAGGAAAUUGUUAGAUAUAUCAACUAGAAAAUUUUCAAUGUGCUCUCUGCUUCCUGUUCUUUAACCGAUUCGGACAAACAUAUCUGUAUUUCAGUUACUGUCAAGGAGUUAACCCAUGAAGCUCCUUCUUUCCAUUUACUUGUGCUUCAUCUCUAUUUCCUUUGCAUUAGACAUAGACACCUUAUCUCCGAGCAAAACUCUCAGAGACAACGGUCAAACUCUCGUUUCCACAGGCGAAGCAUUCGAAUUAGGCUUCUUCAGUCCCUUCGAUUCCAAAAACCGUUACAUCGGAAUCUGGUUCAAGAACAUUCCACAAAAGACGGUCGUUUGGGUUGCCAACAAAAACAGCCCACUCACAGACUCCUCAGGUGUCCUCUCGAUCAAUUCCACAGGAAACAUAUUCAUACAUGGAAACCAGUCCGCCAUGGCCAUCUGGUCUUCAAAUUCUUCAGCCAGCAAUCCUAUCUUGCAACUCCUGAACACAGGAAACCUUGUGCUUAAAGAUGGUGCCGAUGAUGGAAGCUAUGCUUGGCAGAGUUUCGAUCAUCCCUGCGAUACGUUGUUACCGGGCAUGAAGCUUGGAUGGAACCUAAUGACAAAACAGAACUGGUUUCUGACUUCUUGGAAGAGUCUUCAAGAUCCAGCCUCUGGAGACUUCACCUACAAAAUAGACCCUCUUGGUCUUCCACAGAUCUCUCUUCGCAAAGGAUCCCAGAUUCAAUUCAGAAGCGGGACCUGGGAUGGUGUUCGUUUCGGCGGGGAAACUCUGCUCCGAGAAAACCCAGUCUUCAAACCCAUCUUCGUUUUCAACACGAGUUAUAUCUACUAUUCCUUUGAAAAUAUCGAUAGUUCUGUAAUUUCAAGGUUCGUGGUCAACCAGUCGGGCUUGAUCGAACACCUCACAUGGAGCGGCCGCGGAGAGUGGGUGAAUAUAGCCAAUAUGCAGAAAGAUGAAUGUGAUAUGUACGGACACUGUGGUUCUUAUGGCAUUUGCAACAUUAACAAGUCCCCAGUUUGCCAAUGCCCAACUGGGUUCACUCCAAAAGUACCUAAAGACUGGAACGUGAUGGACUGGGCGGGCGGAUGCAAAAAAAAGACCCCGCUGAACUGUGGUGAAAACGAGGGGUUCCAGAAGUUUUCAAGGCUAAAGUUACCGGAUUCUUCACAGCUUUGGAGAAAGGGGACGGUUAUAAGCCUUAAGGAAUGUAAAGCGGCUUGUUUGAGAGACUGCUCGUGUGUGGCUUAUGCCGUAACUGAUGCUAGUGGCUGCGUGGUUUGGUUCGGAGAAUUGAUUGAUAUCAGAGAGUAUAAUGAACUUGGGCAAGAUUUGUAUAUUCGGAUGGCUACUUCGGAUCUGGAAUCCAAUAACAACGACAAACGCACGGUGGUGAUAGUGUCGGUAUCCGUAGUAUUUGGAGUGGUUCUGUUGGCCUCGGUCUGCUCGUUUUUCAUUUGGAGGAGGACGUCCUGCAGAAGCAAAGCUCAGCAACUGGGAGCAAAUAAUCUGAGUCUAGAUUACAAUUCUAGUGCUGCAGAGGAGGACCAAGCGCUACCUCUAUUUGAUGUUUAUGCUAUUGCAACAGCCACUAACAACUUCUCUUUCACGAAUAAGAUAGGUGAAGGAGGUUUUGGUCCUGUUUACAAGGGUGUGCUCCCAACUGGACAACAAGUAGCAGUGAAGAGGCUCUCCAAAGAAUCAGGACAAGGCCUCAAAGAGUUCAAGAAUGAGGUUGUCUUGAUCUCGAAACUUCAGCACCGAAAUCUUGUUAGGCUCUUGGGAUGUUGUAUUCAUGGAGAAGAUAAGAUGUUGGUCUAUGAAUACAUGGCAAACAGAAGUUUAGAUUUAUAUAUAUUCAAUCAAACAAGAGGUACUGCACUUGAUUGGGGGAAGCGCUUUGACAUUAUACUAGGGAUUGCUCGAGGACUUCUUUAUCUUCAUCGCGAUUCAAGGCUAAGAAUCAUUCAUAGGGAUCUUAAGGCUAGUAAUAUUCUCUUAGAUAGUGACAUGAAUCCGAAGAUAUCAGACUUUGGCUUGGCAAGAACGUUUGGAGGUGAUCAAACUGAAGCAAAUACAAGUAGGGUCAUUGGAACAUAUGGCUAUAUGUCUCCAGAGUACGCCAUAGAUGGACUCUUUUCGAUAAAGUCUGAUGUCUUUAGCUUUGGGGUAUUAGUUUUAGAGAUAGUAAGCGGACAGAAGAAUAGAGGAUUUUAUCAUCCUGAUCAUGACUUCAACCUUUUAGGACAUGCAUGGAAAUUAUGGAAUGAAGGCAGAAUCAUGGAAGUAAUGGAUGCUCUGAUGGAGAAGCCGGUUCCGGAAUCAGAAAUCUUACGAAGUAUUCAAGUUGGCCUGUUGUGUGUGCAACAACAACCUGAAGACAGACCCACAAUGCCCUCUGUUAUUAUGAUGUUGGAUGGUGAGAAUGAUUCACUACUCCAACCUAAACAACCUGGAUUUUACACAGAAAGAUAUCUUACAGAGGCUGAUUCAUCAUCGACAGGGAAAAAACCACAAACUACAAAUGAAAUAACUAUAACAAAGUUACAGGGCAGAUAGAAGAGCGAUUAAAAAACAAAUUGUUUGGAGCAAGUAACU